CAGUAUCUCUGGGAAUCGGUGUCUUUUUCUCAAUCCGUGGUAACAACACGAAAGAUGGGUAUUUGCUUGGAAACCGACACAUGGGGGUAUUUUCUACGGCAGUUUCAAUGUUUGUGACCCUGCAGUCGGCUAUAACCCUGCUUGGAGUGCCAGCCGACGUUUACACGUAUGGAACAAUGUACGCUUACAUCUACGUCGGUAGCGUACUUUCCUACAUAUGUGGUGUGUACACCUGCCUUCCUCUGCUAUACCCACUCAAGAUCACAAGCGUCUAUGAGUAUCUUGGAAUGAGGUUCGACUCAAAUGCUGUCCGGCUUUUGGGCACAUGCAUUGGGAUGUUACAAACGUUAGUCUACAUGGCAAUUGCUCUGCUUUCCCCGGGGCUGGCACUCCAGGCAGUGGCAGGAUUACCAUUGUGGUUGUCGAUUGUCAUUGUGGGCAUUGUUGGGACAAUAUACACAUCCAUUGGAGGUAUAAAGAGUGUGGUGUGGACCGACGUGUUCCAGUCCACGGUCAUGCUGGGAGGAAUGCUCACAGCGAUUGUUCUGGGAAUUAUGAAGGCUGGAGGAGUGACGACUGUAGCAAGAGUUGCACAAGAAGAAGGGAGACUACAAUUUAAUGAAUUUGAUCCUGAUCCGAGGGUGCGGCAUACAGUUUGGGGACUUGUGAUUGGUGGAUUUUUUAAUUGGUAUGUCAGCCUCUUCAGUCAGUCGAUGGUGCAAAGAAUAUCUGCAAUCCCGACACCGAAAGGAGCCAAAGUUGCCUACCUCUUGAAUGUCCCGAUGGUGAUUGUGUAUGGGAUUUUGCUCACCACAACAGGACUGGCUCUCUAUGGCUUCUUCCAUCAACUUGGAUGUGAUCCCCACGAGGCGGGAUACGUGUCUAAUCGGAACCAGUUGAUGCCUUUCUUCAUGAUGAACCUCUUGUCGUCCUACCCUGGCGUGACUGGUCUGUACAUGUCUACACUGUUCAGUGGCGCCCUCAGCACCCUGUCUUCUGGAAUCAACGGUUUAGCAGCCAACACUGUUGAGGAUAUUCUUCGACCGUGCCUUCAGAGGAACAGAACGUCUGAUUACGCUGUUACGAUUUUAGCCAAAGUGUUGGUGUUUGUCUACGGUAUCCUGGCUAUUGGGCUGGCUUAUGCUGCAGACUCAAUGAAAGGCCCAGUGUCACAGUCCUCCCUUGCGGCCUUUGGUGCCACCGGUGGUCCUGUCCUUGGCAUGUUUCUCUUGGGAGCUCUGAUUCCAUGGUGCAACAAAAUGGUAACACUAAUCCUGCAUUAACGUAUGGAAAUAUGGGCGUGUGAAAGGGAUGUUGUAAACCUCUGUCAUCAUUAUUGGAGCCGUGCUACGGAGCAUUGUUACGGAGCAUUGUACCCGUGAAGAACCGGUUUUAUAAUUGAUAGAGCAGGGGCUUGUAUAAUUCCGUGGGUAAUUCAUGU